AUGUCUGAUAAAGAUCUAAGCUCAAUUCGUUUGCCCUUGAACUGGAAAGUUGGUUCAGAUUUGAUGAGCAAGCUGUUGUUUAACAAUCCCAUGAUUGUGAAUUUAGUUUCAAAAAACAUUCCAGCAGAUAGUUAUAAAGUAACUCCAAACGAGUGGGCCGAUGGAACUAGGUCUGAUGUUGUUUACUCGGUCAGGGACAAAUCGACUGUAGAAACACCUCCAAUCUUAAUUGAAUUUCAAAGUAAAGUUUCUAGCAAUUUUAUGGGUAGACUUAUUCGGUAUUCGCUCUCUUGCGAAGGCCGAUAUAAUGUAUAUCCAAUUGUGCUAAUCUUUGCCAUCAAUGGCUUUUCAAGCCUUGAAGUAGAAAAAGAGUUUGUUGGUGAUAAUGGAAGCCCAUUCUUGAAAAUUGGCUCAAAAUUCUGGGCUAAGGAGUGUCUGUUAAUCUCGCAAAGCUCCAUUGAAGCAUGUCUAAACCAAACGCCCUUGGAUCCUAUUGUCGCUUUGGGCUAUUUCUUAACUUCAGGCAGUUUGUCUUUGAACACAUUGGAGCAUAAACUAGAUCAUACAGUACAACAGCUCUAUCAAACUUCCUACAAAUUGGUAAUGGCAGAGCUAAAGCAUAAAAAUAAAUCGGUAGAACCUUUGCAAUCACUUCUUGAGCAGGUGAAAAGACGAAUUGAGACUGUUGUUGAUGAAGAUAACAGUGUUAUGAUUGUAGUUGUCCUUACAACUAAGUAA